CCGACUGGAGGGAUGUGACCCCGGAACAGGACGCCCUCAUACAACAACACACCAUUCAAACAGAGCACAGAAGAAAGAAAAGCUGGACCAGGAGGGAGCCACAGGAGCAGGGGGGAUGAACCGCGAGGAGGCCCCGGGGAAGUCUCCUGAAGACAUGUACAUCCAACAGAAAGUGCGGGUCCUGCUCAUGCUAAAGAAAAUGGGAUCAAAUCUCACGCCGAGUGAAGAAGCUUUUCUCCGGAAUUACGCAGGUGUGGUCCACAGUCAGAUGAGCCAGCUACCACAGCACAACAUAGACCAGGGUGCAGAGGAUGUGGUGAUGGCGUUCUCAAGGUCAGAGACGGAGGAUCGGCGACAGUGACCCUGGGCCCUCCAUCCCACCCCACCCCACUCUCCCCACCGCAUCCUGCCCUGCCCAGCCCAGCCCAGCUCAGCCCUGUCCCGCCCCAGCCCUGCACGUGGUCCACAACAACCCAAACUCCACAAAAGGCAACACUGAUGAGCUCAGGAGAGGAGGGGGGCACCUGGGAGGGACAGAAAAGGAUGGGAAGAGACAGCAGGAGGUCUCUGCCUUCGCCUCUCCCCCAGCCUUUUCCAUCCCGACUCCUCCUCACACAAGCUGACACACCAUUACCUGAGAUGCACUCAAGUGGGUCACUGUGAGUCGAAGCCUUGGCUUCAAGGUGUCGGUGAAAACACUCACAAGUUGUGUGGAUGAAUAUCAAAUGUAGUUUGUUUGUUUUUUUUAGUAAGGGAGGGGGGGGGGGGGGGGGGGUUAGGUCUUGUUUUGUAUUAUUUUGUCUGUGUUGAGACUUUAGGCAGUGUUACGUGUUAUAUCUGCUGUGGUCACUGAAAGAAUUGACCAGGAAGCAGCUGAUUGAAGCAGAGAGAAAUAUAGUGUUGGUCAAGCAGCGAGUGUGGCGAUUCAUCGUGUUAGGGGAGAGAUUUUUAAUUAUUUCCGCUUACCCUAACGGGGCUGAAAUUGUUUUUGAUUUAGCUGUCGUGGUAAAAAGGCUUUCAUGUUCUGUCACACCUGGGGCCUCAUUUACAAAGAUGUUGUGUGCAUAAAACAAAGCUGGGAAAAAAAUAAACGCCGCUUCUCACACAGAUGUUGGGAUUUAGAGUUACAGAUGUUUCUGGAGAGCAUCCACACAUCUAUUGGAGGUCCUACACUGACCGCUAAGAUAUAAAAUGAAGAUUCUUAUCCAACUAUCUGCAUCACCUUCCAGUGGUCAAGUGAGCUCCGGUGACAUCUGACCCUAGAUUUGAUCCCUUUUUGCUUUCUAAACACAGCUCCAACAUGAUUUGAUGAUAUUUGGCUUUCUGAUCACGCAGGCUUCACUGCUGCCGUGACUCGCUGCUAUUAAACAGAAGUAUGAACAAAAAAAUUUGGUAUCGACAGCUUUUAUUUCACACUUUGCAAUCUGACUUCUGUUUUUCACAUACAAAUCCAAGAACGACAAGCUGAUCGAUAUGUGUAUUAUUGCUCAAAAACAGGCCUGUCAUUAAUCACUCCUGCGUAAUCAGAGGAGUUAACAGGGCAGGAUAACGAGGCCGUGACACAAUCGCUAUUAUUUAUGAAUGGAAGAUGGCAUUAAGACGACCACACGCAGUUUUUUUCUCACCGUUUUUAUAAAUGAGACCCCGCUUGUUCUUCUGCUGCUUUAUUUUGAACCACAGGCUGUUGAGAGUACAACAAGGCUUUUCUCGUAUGGAAAGUGUAUGAAUUUAAAAGACACUAUAGCAGACAUAAUCACAGAAACAUGAAACACAGGUGUACACAUUCUCCCCAAACAAUCACAGGUUUUGGGUUCCUUGUGACAUGUAAAACCUUUUUUUAUUGUACAGAUAGUUGAGGAAAAUACAAUAAUGAAUUGAUUGUGCCAAUUGUAUUUUUUCGUUUGUUGUUGUUUUUUUUUAUCUGUAAGAUAAAAUUAACAUAUUAAGACAUUUGAUAAGAGACGAGCUGCAGUUGUAAUUUAUUGUUUACUGAAUUGACUCCCUGUUCCUCAAACGCAUCAUUAAAGACGGAGAACCAGUAGAUAGUAAAAAAAAGCCUAACACGAGUCGGCGUUUAACAUCAUGGGCAGCUCUGUCUUCACACUAAAGUCAUUUUAAAACUCUAAUUUUUAACUACCUGUAACUGAACACGUGAAGCCAAACAUCAGAACUGUCCGCGACUUCUGACUGUACUGUAUCUCUUGCACUAUUAUCAAUGGGAUAUUUAUUAAAAAAAAAUACAUUUUGAUAUUUAGCGCAGAGAUUCUUUGUUUGGUUCAAAUGGGGGGAAAAAAAAACUUUGUAAUCAUGUCUUUUAUUCCUUCUGUGUGUCAAACCGACUCAACUGGAAUAGCUCGAAUGAAUACUUGUUAACAACCGACAUGUUUUUCUAGUGACAUGCUCGAUAUUUAAUGUGUUUUAAGUACAGUUGGUUAACUUGUAUAACUAAAAAAAAAAAAAAAAGAUUAAUUGUAACGUAAUGUUUUAAGCCAAGCAUGUCUGCCUCGUGGUUUAUAAUGUUCAUUCAAGUGGCACCGAGGAUCUUUGACGCCUUGCCGCAGUGACCAUUGUUUGUACAUUCUUGACGUUUGUGUUCUGGGGUUUGAAAAAAAAAAAAAAGGAAAAAAGUGUUAUCCAUUAUAUCUUGUUCGCAAUAACUUCUAUUUGAAUGUCCUCAGCAAUCAUCGCAAUGUAAACGGCCAACAGAUCCGUCACGCUGUCCGCCUAUGACAAAGAAAUUUGUCUUUUUUAAUGUUUACUUUUUAUUUUAAAACAUUCUUUAUUUGUCUAUGCAUUGUUUUUUUUUCUCUAAAAGGUGUCUUACUGUACAUUUUACUUAUCAGGGUUGUUCUACAGCCUUCAUACAAGUUGUGUAUGAAUGUGUGUGUGCGUGCGCGUGUGUGUGUGUAACAGUGUAUGUGCUACCGGAUUUGAUUUUCAGCAUGCUGAGUUCAACUAGGAUCGAUGUAUCUUUUUACUGUGAUGACCUGACGUUGCCUAAUUGUCUUUUUCUUUUUUGAUUUUUUUCUUCUUUUUCUUUUUUUUUUUUUUUUUUAAUGUAUUUUAUUUUCCUCUCAGUCAACAUUGAUUAGUUGGUUUUGUUUUGUAUGGCUGCUGACCAUGUCUUGACCUAAAGCUUCCAAAUCCUAUACCAACUGAACCAUUAAAGAAAUUUUAA